AUGAGUUCCCGUCACCACCAAGAUGGACAUGCGACAUUUAUCCAUGAUCCAGAGAGUGCCCUUGCUGAAAAGCAGGAAGAUUCCGAUUUCGAGCAUCAGCCUCCGGGCCAGAUUGCGAAUAUCUCGGAAGAACAACGCGCCAGCGACCGAGUAGCGGAUAAGGAUGAAUCGAGAACAUUGCCUGUUAGUUCUCUAGACUGGAACGGCCCUGAUGACCCCGACAACCCGCACAACUGGUCUAUAUGGAAAGCAGCUUAUCAUACCACGAUCCCUGCCGUCUUUGGGUUUGCUGUCACAUUCGGCACGUCUGUGUAUUCACCUGCAAUUGCAGACGUGAUGCGCGAUUUUCAGGUAUCGCGAACCGCUGCGCUUGUCGGAGUCACAUUGUAUACGCUCGGUCUCGCAUUUGGUCCAAUCUUUACCGCACCCUUUAGCGAAAGACAAGGCCGAAAACCUGUCUAUUUAUUCUUCUUUCCUAUAUUUAUGCUCUUUACACUCGGUGCAGGCUUUUCAAAAAGCUAUGCAAGCCUAAUCAUAUGUCGGUUCUUCGCAGGCCUAGCGGGUAGUCCAGGGCUUGCCGUCGGUGCGGGGACGAACGCAGAUCUAUAUCCACCACAUAAGCGCGCCCUAACUACAAGCUUAUUCUUGAUGGCUCCCUUUGCUGGACCUUCAAUUGGACCUGUUGUUGGAGGGUUCGUUGCGCAGUACAAGACUUGGAAGUGGACCCAAUGGUGCAUCCUCUUCCUUGCUUUAUUUGUGUACAUCGUCGCUCUACCAAUGAGUGAAACGUACAAGCCGAUUAUUCUGAAGAAGCGAGCAAAGAAGCAGGGAAUUGUCACAAAACAGGAGACUGCAGAUCUGACGAGCGAGAUAGUCAUGAGGUUUAUUCGGCCUCUCCAUCUGAUUUCAACGGAGCCAGUGGUUUUCUUCUUCUCGCUUUAUACAGGUUUCGCCUUUGCAGUGCUGUUCCUGUUCUUCGCAGCUUUUCCCUACGUCUUCACAAGGCCGCCGUACUCUUUCACGCCCUCUCAGUCUGGUCUCGUGUUUAUACCCAUCUUGAUUGGCGUCAUUCUUGGAGGAAUAACUACCAUUAUCGUCGAUCGCACACUCUACCAGAAAAAAUAUCGAGAGACAGUUUCGAAUGGCAAGUCGCAUGUUGACCCCGAGCAUCGCUUGUAUAGCGCAAUGGGUGGUGCCUGGGGCAUGGUCAUUGGCUUAUUCUGGUUCGGCUGGUGCGCUGAUCAGGGCGUUCACUGGGCUCCCACUAUAAUUGGAGUUAUACCAUUCGCGUGGGGUAAUCUCUGUGUUUUUACAUCCUCUGCACUGUAUCUUUCAGACGUAUAUGGCGCGAUGAACGGUGCAUCGGCUAUAGCGGCCAACGGAAUAGUCAGAUACAUACUUGGGGCUGUCUUUCCACUUUUCACUGUACAAAUGUACGACGCCCUCGGCAUCGGUUGGGCGACUUCACUGCUCGGUUUUCUCUCCCUAGGAAUGGUACCCAUUCCAUUCUUGUUCUUCAAAUAUGGACCCGCAAUUCGGGCCAAGAGCAGAUACCCAGUCGCAAUUUAG